GUAGUCAUUGCGAAGUUCUUAGGAUUUUUUCAGGUGGGAGAUAUACCUCAAGGCCUUCCAGAAUUUUCUUUACCAAAAAGUUUUGAUCAUGCAAAAUUAUUGCUUCCAACAGCGGCUCUCAUCACUGGUGUGGCCAUCCUGGAAUCUGUAGGUAUUGCCAAAGCACUAGGAGCGAAAAACAGAUACGAGUUGGAUUCAAAUUCAGAGUUAUUUGGUCUUGGUGUCGCUAAUAUUUUGGGAUCAUUGUUUUCUGCAUACCCGACUACAGGAUCCUUUUCUAGGUCAGCAGUUAACAGCGAAAGUGAAGCGAAGACUGGCCUAUCAGGUCUUGUAACAGGAAUCAUCAUAGGAUGCUCUCUACUGUUCUUGACCCCAGUGUUUAAAUAUAUACCACAGUGUGCUUUAGCAGCAAUAGUGAUCUCUGCUGUUAGUGGCUUGGUGGACUAUGAAGGGGCUAUAUUUUUGUGGCGUGUGGACAAGAGAGAUUUUACUCUUUGGACCAUCACCAGCACCACCACUCUGUUCUUCGGAAUAGAGAUCGGAGUCCUCGUUGGUGUUGGUUUUUCACUUGCAUUUGUUAUACACGAGUCUGCAAACCCUCAUAUUGCUGUGUUGGGGCGUCUUCCAGGAACCACUGUGUACAGAAACAUGAAGCAGUAUCCAGAAGCGUACACUUACAAUGGGAUUGUGAUUGUUCGAAUCGAUGCUCCCAUAUAUUUUGCCAACAUAAGCUACAUCAAGGACAGGCUAAGAGAAUAUGAAGUUGCUUUUGAUAAACACACUAAUAAGGGACCAGAGGUGGAGAGGAUCUACUUUCUUAUCCUUGAAAUGUCUCGUAAGCCCCCAACUUGUUUCUGAUUCAAAGUUCGAACC